AACACCCCCCCCCCCCAAAAAAAUUUCCCCCCCCCCCCACAUUAUCCCCCCCGGGGGGUUUUAUUUUGGGGGGGGGGGGGGGUACAUAUUAAAAUAAAAAGAUAAAAUCUAACCUAGUUCACAUCGGUCUACAAUUAGAUUAUAUAUGUAUAUCGUUCGCUUUCGCUCUUAUCAUCGUUAUACUGUAGUAGUAGUAGUAGUCAAAGAUAGUUUAUUAAAUUUCAGAAAAUAACUAUUUGUCUAGUUCAUGAUGAUUCACUGAUUCACCUUUCCUUUUCCAGGCUUGCCGUGAUUUGUUGAAUUUUUUCCGUUUAGAUUAAUGCAAAAACAUGCGAUACCAUCAUAUGUUUAAGGCAUACUCCAGUGGAAUUAUUGCGUUUAUGUCAAGAAUUGAUUUCAAUUGUUGUGGGCGUUGACACCAUCAUGCAACACUAUCGUUCAAAACAGUUAUAUGGAAAUAGUGCUAGUAGUGGUAAAAACAGCAUUGGAUCAAAUAGUGUAAAUCCCAUAAAUGAAAAUGAUUUUAUCACACUACAACAAUCAUUAACCGAAUCAUGUCCGUUGAAAACUACUCCAUCGUUAUCUUCGGUAUUUCCAUAG